AUGAAGCUCUUAUCUACUGCCGCCGCAGUCCUCCUCAGCGUCGCUCCCUUCGCCGUUACCGCUCGGUCGAUCGACUUCUUCAACUCACAGUCUCCGAUCAGUACCAAUGGAAUUCCUGUCAAAGGCGAUAAUCCCUUAGAAUACUGCGCUAAUCCUUCUGGCGACGUCCUCGAGAUCAAGAAAGUCGACUUGUCCCCUAACCCUCCUCUUCCUGGCCAUACUCUCACAAUCGAGGCCAGUGGUACAUUGAAGGAGCCGAUUGAGAAGGGUGCUUACGUUCUGCUCGAGGUCAAAUAUGGUCUGAUUACUCUGAUCAGGCAGAAGGCCGAUCUCUGCGAUCAACUUACCAAUGUUGACCUCGAAUGCCCCUUGGACAAGGGCGAUCUGGUCUUGACAAAGCAGGUCGACCUGCCCAGUCAAAUCCCUCCGGGCAAAUACACGGUCCAUGCCGAUGUCAUGUCUGUGAAUGAUGAGCGGAUUACCUGCCUCGACGCGCGAAACAUUGAGUUUAAGAGGGGCUCUCUCUUCUAAAUGCCAAUAGCAUAUCUCCGGGUGCUUACCACUCAUUCUGAUGCACAUCAGCUGUGGAUUGUGCUAGAUGUUCACGAGCUCUUUCACUGACCACGAUUGCUCGUUUUGCAAGCUGACAACCGUCCUGUGACCUCCUUAUGCUUUGAGUACGGUCAUUAUGUCCAGUGAAUUUGCUUGUUGUUGACCAGUGCUCCAUUAGCUAGUGUUUUACGCUUCACGAUCAUUACUACUUGGCCUCCUCGCCUGCGUUCUGUUAUUUAUGGCGUUCUGGAGCAUUUGCUCAGAGGCAUAGCACACUGUCAUAUUCUUUACGACCGUUCACCGUUGGGCUUCCCCUGUCACCAUAGUACUAAUAACAUGUGUAUCAAGAUCCAGUGAGGAGACUUUGUCUGCUAGUGUAUCAAAGAUCAAACUGCUAGACAAUCUAUCCAGAGUUUACAGUGUACAUAGAGACUGGUAUGUGAAAAGUAAUACCAUUAGACAGGU